AUGGCCGCGUUGAAGUUCGUGCGCUCGGUAUGGGAUUCAUUCCUGGCAACGUCUGGAGUGGAACCGAGACGACGGUGGCUGAUGAUAUCAACCCAGAUGCGAAUCACGGCAGCAGUGCCGGGCAAAGUCAACUUCGAGCUCCCUAUUGAGAAGCAGCAUACCAAUAGGCUUGGCAUAUUACAUGGGGCUACGUUAGCAGCGAUGGUCGACACAAGCGGAUCUCUCGCACUCGCAUCGCGAGGACUGUAUUCCACUGGCGUCUCAACCGAUAUCAAUGUCACAUAUCUCAAUUCAGGCGGGAAACUCGGCGAUCUUAUCAGGGGCGAGGUUGUUUGUGAUAAAUUUGGCAAGACGUUGGCUUUCACCUCUGUGAAGUUCAUCAACAAGGAUAACGAGAUUGUCGCACGUGGCAGUCAUACCAAAUAUGUCUCUUUUGCCUGGAAGGACGAGAAGAAUAUCACCAGCGAACUGCAGCCCGAAGUACCGGAAUCCAAGGUAGCCUAG